UCCUUUUUUUUAUAUGAAAUUAUAUAUAUUUCCAGUGGCAGAACCAGAAAUGUAUCGCUUCGCGUGUCUGUUGAUCGUUUGCGCCAGCGCACUGGCAUACGAGGUUGGGAGUGAUGGAGCAUCAGCGCCUGCAAUUAAACCACCGCAAUACAAUAAAUGUCUAAAGUCGCUGAGAAAAGCCGAACAAGUGCUAGCGACACAUCAGACCAAUAAAAAAAUGCCAGUGACCCAUAGCGAACGUCAUUAUGCAAUGAUGCUUGGUGUACUCCAGUACGCGGCCAAACUUGCUUCCAACACCAAAAAGCCUGUUAAUUACGAUGAAGUAUACCUCACGGCCGUUGAUAGAGAAGUGCCCCACGCCUGGAGUGACCCUGUAAAUGUCACCAAGAUAAUAAAGGAAGAGUUGUCUCUACUGCUGGCACGAACCAAUGACAUAAGAGAUUUGAUAGACUCCGUGUGUAACGACAAAUCCAAGGUGCGCACCAGUGAUUGCAACUACUUGGUUGAUUUAAUCGUUAAAGAACACUCUAAGAGAUAUAAUACAGCCGCAAAAAUUGUGCUGACCCUCGGGCCACUCUCCGACUUCUAUUUGAACAGCAAUGCAGCUUUCGAGCGUGCCGCAAAAAAUCAUAGCAUCGUUCCCCUACUCUUGUCUGGAUAUAAAAAAGAAUUUGUGAACGUACUUCCUAAACUGACCGAUGUCUAUAAUUUAUUACAUUUACACUCUUAAAAAGAUAAAAACGCUCGCAAGAUCGUCAUUUAAAACGUGUUAUUGUCUUUUAUUCUAAACUGCCGGCAUCCAUAUCUACAUGAAAUUAAACUAAAUGAUUUUAUUUGAAUUAUAACUGCUUAAAAUGAA